CAUUAUUAUAAGUCGAUUGUGUUGUCAGCCUCACACUUAUGUUAAAAAUCCAGUCAUUUCGAUUCUCCCUCUUAUUCAUUUGUUUACUUCGUUGAUAAAUAGUAAAUAAGGUGUAAACGAUGUGAAAUAAGAUGCAAGAGGCAAACUCGAUGUAUUUCCAUGCUAAAGCCUCGUCCAAACCAUUGUUGAGUUCUACGUCUAGAGUCUAGGUCCAAGAUAACUGUGAGAAACAAUUAUCUGCGUACUCUCUUGGAUUGAUUUCCAUCACUUCCAUCAUUGUCCACGAAUGAUGGAAGACAAAAUACAAAUCCGAAACUAUUUACAGACAGUCUGGAUAAGACUUAAUAUUUUGAAAGAUGUCUUCCUAAUAAUUGCAUACGUAUUAGUAUUGAGAAAUCCUCGAAUCUUUGAGAAUGACUGUACACUGACACGCUUUGCAUUCGAUCACAUUCGACCGAUUGCGAUAUAUAUGUUUCACUAUUAUUGUUAUCAUCAAAAUACAACGAUAAUACGAUAAGACUAUAGUUUAACUAUAACUGGUAUGCAUUUGUAAUACCAGAAAUCGUUCGUCGAGCGUAACAUGUUCGUGUAGUUCAAUGCCGGUGGCACGGCAGAAUUUUAUGUUAGUUAGGAUAACAACGGGUUGAUAUUCGUCCCGUCUUCGGCUAUCUUAGUAUUUUCGUUUAAGUAGAAGAAAUUUUACACCUGAAAUAUGUUGAUAAACCAAGAUUCACAGUGGACCGGUGCUACGGCAUCUGAGAUUCAGAUGUUUCCAGAUUUCGAAGCUGCAGAUGAUUUAUUUCAAACUCUAAGCUCUGAAUUGGGUAUUCCUCUUUUCUUAGAAAAUGAUAUACCCUCAAAGAUGAGCGACAGUAUGGAUGAUCAAAUAAUAAAUGAUACAUCUAUGGGAGAAUUAUCAAUUAUGAUUAUAGAUAUAGACGUUGACGAUGAUGUAAAGAUGGACAUUAAACUAGAACCUGUGAGUCCUUAUGUACAGUUACCUUUAUCUCCUGCUUUAAGUCAGUGUGAAUCUAAUAAAUUAGAUUCUCAAGUUGAAAUAAACUCUACAACUUCUUUGUCUGAUUUUAAGACGACUCUGGAGACGCCACCCAUCUCUCCACCCCAAAAUGUUUCUCCACCUAUAUCUCCAGAACCUGUUACAAAUGGAGUUGUUAGGAAAGAAGUUAAAAUUGUACCUCUUAAAUCUCAAGAUGUUAAUCAAUUCAUUCUCUCUAAGGAAAAUUGCGCUAAGCGCGUCCGAGUAGAAUCGAAAAAUAAUGUCCAACUGCUCACUGAUGAACAAUCUCAAAACGGUAUAUUCUUAAGCGCGCAAAAAUGUGUCGCGCUUGAUCAAAAUGUUAAGAAGAAUUAUACAUCGUAUCCUGUUAUGGCUCGCUUAGUUCCGACCAGUGCGAGCAACAAAGUUCAAACAUCGAUACAGUUACCGUCUGUACAAAUCAAAACAGAAACUAAUACGAUUCAACUUCCUCAGAAGAAUUAUGUAAAAAUAAUAGAUAACACUUCAAAUGUGUACACGUCAGGAAGCGACCAAAGAGUAAACAUAAUUGAUACACCUUUGGUUCUUAAAAAUAAACCAGUCGAAUGUACCUCCGUGGUUGUAAGGAAUGAUUCACCUAAGUGUAGACCGAUAGUGAUUAGGACAGACAAUUCAAAUUUUACUCCUAUUGUAAUAAAGAAUGAGACUCCAGACAUUAAUUUCGCUGGACGACAGGAAUGUGAGAUGAAAGCAUUAAAAAGGCAGCAGAGGAUGAUUAAAAACAGAGAAUCGGCUUGUCUGUCGCGAAAGAAGAAGAAAGAAUACGUAUCUUCAUUAGAAAAGCAGAUUCACGAUUUACAGCAGGAAAACAAGCAAUUAAAGAUGGAGAAUCUAAACUUGAAACAGAAACUUGUAUCUUUAAAAGAUACAAGUACCAAUAAUAAAUUCAAGAGUACAACUUUAAAUGCAAACAAAAGGAACGUUGCAAUCCUUUUGGGAAUGGUCUUUAUGGUAUCGUUGAACGUCAAUAGCUUCACAGAUAUACUUUCGCAAAGUAGUCGACUGAAUACGUUAUCCACCGAUAUCCCGAUUAAGACACCCAGUACCAGACAUGGUAGAACGCUACUUUGGGCAUCCGGAGACCAGACUCAAGAGGAGGAUGAAGAUUUUCGUAAAAAUAUAUCAAUGCCACAGCCUAUGUGUCCAAUGCACAUUAACCAAAGCGAAUCGAUUCGUUUAGAUUAUGAGUUGAGGCGAUGGAUCGGAGGUAAAUCCGAUGAAGACAAUUGGUCUACAUUGAAAAAAGCAAAAGCAGAUUCGAGAUCCACGAGAGAAUCUGUGCUGUCGCCACGUGUACAUGUACUACAAGCGAAGGCUAAGCAAAAGCGGAAAUUAUCAGAGAAGAUCAUAUCGGAACCGUCUAAGAAAACGGCAGGCCCAUCAAUAUCGAAUGCGGUAGAACUCUUCUCACCAAUUAUAAAAGAACACGCUUCCUUGUUCGAGGCUUUAGGCAGGAGGGACGAUACUUUUUAUGUGGUUUGGUUUAGUGGAGAGCAUUUGCUUUUGCCAGCUUCGAGCAAGAACAGUACGGGUAGACCGAGGAUGUCGUUGGUGCUUCCAGCUCUUCCUAUGAAUGAAACAUUUUCAACACCAACAAAUCACAUAACUAUGAUGCAAAUUGAUUGCGAGGUAACUAACACGCAAUUACUACAUCUGCAGCAAUCUAUUAUUCCUAAUCAUUUGAAAAAUAGCACCGAUAAUCAUGCGCGUCGUCCCGACGAUCUGUCCGACGAUCUGUCCGACGCACUAAUAGCGAAUAUGACAAAAAAUUAUAGGCCGUAUUUUAUCAAAGAAGCUAACGCUAAAGUGUAUGACAAAAAAGGCAUAAAGAACGCACACACCGAGAAAAGUGAUAGCUAUAACAAGACAACCGGUUACAUGUUGAGGCAGAAAUUUAUCUCAGAAUUUGACUUGGAUGACGUGAAAAGUGAAAUGUUGAAAGAUUCCUGGAAGGAAGGAUCUCGGGUGAAGUCUACAGCUUCACAGAAAAAACAGAAUUGAAUAAUAAUUACGCAUGAUCAGGAUCACAGAACACUUGCCCGGUUUCUAUAUACAUUUAUACAUGUUUGGCAAAUUAUUAAUCGUUUAAAGUACUAGAAUACAUUUGUACAUGUGUAGUUGUUGAAGACAAAUUUAAUAUUGUGCAAUCUGUAUUCGUUUUUUGAAAAAGAUAUUUUUCGUUUUUAGAUAAUUAUUGAAACGUUUGGGUUUCGUAUUAGAAUAAGUAGUUUUGAUUAUAACGCGAAACCUGAAAAGUUGGUCUCACUGUAAGUAUUGAUAAUAAUAUUAGACAUAAUGCAUUAAACAUACGCCCACCUUCAAGCGUGCAAAUCUAUAGGUGGCAUUUAUGUAAGUCUUCUCUUCAUAAACACAAGGAAAAUCAUACAUAUAUAUAUAUAUAAUAUAUUUAUACACUUUAAAUGUUUUCAAGGAUUGAUUGAUCACAUGUGAUAAUGUACGUUAUUUAUAUUUGGAUAUUAUAAAACAUUUGUACAUAUUAUUUAAUGAUAUUCUAUAAGCGAGUCGUAGCGCACUGUUUGAAUUUUCUGUGAAAAUUUGGUACUCUAACUUAGUAUGUAUAAAAAUAUAACAUACAUGCACAUAUGCAAUCCUUUACUUAGUUUAAAAAACAAUUUUAUAUAAAUGUAGUACGACCUUGAAUUUUUUUCACGUACAUACUUACAAUUUGAAAAUAAAGAACAGUUUUAAUAUCCGCUACAGAA